AUGACAGGACAUGAGUAACAUUGCAGCCAUCGGCCAAAUACCUACAGAAGUGCGCAAGAAAAUCUUCCAGUACCUGUCGGACGAUCGCGGUUCUCUCGCUGCCUGCGCUCUCACCUGCCGCGCGUGGUACCUCCUAAGUCGCUCCCACUUCUUCCACUCCGUUCAUCUGCUUGGAUCGCCUCGAUAUGCACAAUUCGAGGAGCUCCUCCUCGCAGCGCCAUACCUCGCGGCCUACGUCCGUGAUCUGUCGAUCACCAUGGACGGCACGUUCACCUGGCUCGAUCAGGAGGCGCCUCGUAUCCUGCUCCGGCUCAACAGAGUCGAGCACCUCAAGUUCCGAAACUGGUCCGCGACCAUUAUGUCCGAUGAGACGCGCCGCAAUCUGCAGAUGUACUUCCCGAGAGUGCGAACACUGGUGCUACAAGACACCGCAUUCGCGGGGAACGACUUCCCGCUCGUCCUAUGCGCGUGCCCACGGCUGUCGAGUCUGCAGCUGUACGACGUGUACUGGUCCCAUCGCAAUCGAACGCUAGUAUCCGCGGUAGUGAACUCGCGUCAACACAUUCAAGCGCUCGGACUACGGCACAUAUCGCCACUCGCGUCGGCAUGGCUGACGAACGGCGUGUUCGAGAUGCGGCUGCAGAAGCUGGAGCUCUGCUGGGGCGACCCGGCGCAGCUGCCGCACGUGCGGCACCUGCUGAAGGAGGCGGGCAGCACGCUGGAGUACGUGGUGAUCGCACCCAGCUUCGACGUUGCAAACUCCGCGGCAGAUUUGGACGGAUGCCUGGCCGAUAUCGGCCUGAGCGCGAACACGGCGCUGCGGACGCUGCGGCUCGUGAUCGAGACGGCGCGCUCGGAGGCGCACGCGUGGCCGCCGAAAGUGCUCGAGCAGCUGCGUUCGGAGGACAUCCGGCGCAUCGAGCUCGUGCUGCUCCUCCCGUACGAGGGCCGGCUCUCAUCGGUAGACUGGGACCAGAUCGACUUGCACCUGUCGCGCCAGGCUGCCGCGCACCCCAAGCUCACCGUGUCCAUUGACGUGCACAUGGCGUGGACAGAGCCGUCAGAAAAGGCGGUGGCACACGAGGUGGCUGCGCGGCUCCCCAGGCUGACGGUCGAGACGAAGCGCCUGGAGUUCGACUGCACGUACACAGCAUGCGACAUCCGGUCUGCGUGGCCGUGCCUCCAUCCCGCCAUUGUGAAAGCGCCAUAGGGCAGCGCUAUAUCUCAAGACUGUCUGGUUGUUCGCCUGGCGAACAUUGAUCAGAGGGCGCUAUGGCAGCGACUCUGACCGCCUGAAUCCGCUCUGAGAUCUGCAACGGUGCAGUGGUCAGCCCUGUCUUGACCUUGAUCUAAGGCGGACGGAGACUGGGCUGCCAUUGAGUGACCAGGUGUGUGGUAGUGGCAAGGAAGUAGGAGCGUGGUGGGGUUCGAAUGCAUCAUAUGUAUUACCAUCUCAACAUAAUUAUAGCAUCUCCGGU